UUGAGGCCAUAAUAGAUAUUUAUCAAGGACCCUUCAUACACAGGAAAUCAAAGUAACAAACAACCAAGGCAUUAAUCAUGAAACACAUUAAAACUGAAGUAUCACAAAACCAUGAGACACAAAAAAUGAAGGACUUAUAUGAAGGAAUAUAAGUGGAACUAGAAAUACUGCUUGAUGGAUGGUGGCAUAAGACAGUAAUUAAGCAUGUUCUCCACUUUCUUAUUUAUCUUGACAUGGAAAAACUUUAAAUUUAAUUCCAGACAUUUCUAAACUGGUUAGGAACCCUGUUAGACACAGUUUUUUUUUGUUUGUUUGUUUUUGGUGUCCUCAGAGUGAUAAGCACGCCUAUGGGGAGUGGUUUACUUCAGGAUGGUGAAACACAAAUGUGAACUUCAACAGUGAUCUGAGUGACACAGAGACAGGUACAGCAGGUUCACAUAUUUACUUAGCCUAAGUGUAUUAUUACAAUGACAGCUCUUAAAGAAGAAGUAGAAGAAUGUAUGGACACCUCAGACACGCCGUGGUAUUGGUAUUAUCUAGCAGAUUGUGGAAGGUGGCACAGGUUUGAGGAUGACCCCAGUUUUCCUAUUAGGAGUGAGAACAUAGAUACAUGUUAUUUGAGAGACUCAAAAUCCAGCUUGAAUGUAAGUACAUUGAGUUUCAACAGCAGGAUUGAUUUUUCAGGAAUGUUGCAGACGGACCUCGCCACAGGAAGGAAAAGAAGAAUCCAACGCAGCUUUAAUCUCGAGAAAAGUUGUUCCUGUUUCUCUGCACCGCCCGUUUUCUGGGAAGACUUGGAUCCUACAGCUCCUUUCCAGCUGAUCGAGCUGAAUAACUCCAGCCCAGAGUAUCAGACUGUGGCAGAUUAUGUGACGCACGAUGGUCUCUUGAACAAAUCCAUUGUAUCAAUAAGCAGGAUACAGAAUUUGGACCUCUGGGAAAUGUAUUGCAGGAAAAAGCAACAGCUAAUGAGGAUUAAGGGCGUCAAAGAAAUUCCAGAGAGGCGCCUUUUCCAUGGGACUGACAGUAAAAACGUAGACAGCAUUUGCAAGUAUAACUUUGAUUUGCGGAUACCUAAAAAGACUGGAAGAAUAUACGGUAACGGUGUUUAUUUUGCUGUCCAUGCCUCAUAUGCAGACAAUUACAGUACCAACAGGGCUGGAACCCCUAAAAAGAUAUUUCUUGCUCGGGUCAUGGUUGGGAAAUUUAAGCGUGGACAAUCAGAUUUGCUUAAGCCUGAUCAUGAAAACGUUUACGAUAGUUGCGUCGAUGAUGCUGAUCAUCCCAAAGUUUUUGUUAUAUUUGAUCCAAAUCAAAUAUAUCCGGAAUAUCUAAUUGAGUACCAAUGAGCUCAGCUUUGGGCUGUUGAAGAAAGGUUUUUCAAGAAAAUUAUUUAUUUCCUUUGAAGCUCUCAUUUGUAAAUGUAUGCAGUAUAUAUAUUUACCAUAUAGUCUUAAGUUAUUAUAUAGUUAACAUUGAAUAUUUGUUAUGUAUGUUAAUACUAGGGCUGGGCAAUAUGGACCAAAAAUAGUAUCUCGAUAUUUUUAGGCUUAAAGCGGAUACACAAUAUUUAUCUCUAUAUGUUUUCUUUUCAUAAAGUAAUUAUAAAUAGAGGUGUGGCCUGACAUGGUGGCUGAAUAGUCACACAUUUCCUGUGCUCCGCAUGGCACACGAACCACUGAGCUAUAUAAUACACUGGAGUGCUGAUUUUGCCGAAAAACUGAAGUCACUG